GUGGUGUACACGUCAUCAGCGUGAGACCAUAUUACUCCGAGACUUCCGCGGUCGAUGCUGGCCAAAACAAACGGGAGAACCGACAUAACCGAGAAGUAUAGCGCUUCUUUGUCGAACUCCCGCCAGUUAUGGUAUGGAGAGCCCGAACAGGGUGAAUGAAUUCUGGGGACCGAGCGAGACGAAGAGGAUCAGCGCGUGCAGGAGGACGGGUGUCUGACAGAACCGGACGGACUCCGCUGGACCGGCUGCGCUCCUUCACCCGAACCCUCUACCGGCUCCCGGUGUCCCUGCUGCGAGCUCUCCUUCUGCUCCUCUGGUGGCUGUUCCGGCCGAUCCGCCGAACCAUGGCGGCCAGGGCCAAAGACCGCGGAUCCGAGGGCUGUGAAGAAACCGGAGAGCUGAUCCGAAACUACCACAAACAAGCGUUCGAGUUCAUUUCUUUGGCUCUGAAGAUCGACGAGGAUGAGAAAGGUGAUAAGGAGCAGGCAGUGCAGUGGUACAGAAAAGGCAUCGCUGAACUGGAGAAAGGCAUCCGUAUCCAGGUCACUGGAGCUGGUGAGAAGGCAGACCGAGCCAGAAAGCUUCAGACUUACAAUUUUCCUCUUAAAUGUCUCUUUUCCUCUGUCUGUUUCCUUUUCUGCAAUCACAAAGGCAAACUGCUUUCAGAGUCCCCAGCAGAGGGCUGCUCAGAUCACACUGGCCUGUCUUUCUCCAAUGGGAAUCUGCGUCCAGUUGCAGGCAGUGGAGCAGUUUCCAAAAAGAAGGACACUCUCACGAUCACAAGUCAAUCCCAUCUGCGGCCCAAAAACCCACCCAAAUCUGCCCCCGCGGCUGCCCUGCACCGCAUGCCUUCAACCGGUCACAGCAGCAGGACCGGCCCUCAGAACAACCUGAAGGGGCCCUCGGCAAGAGGCGGUAACAGACAUAACGUUAGAGCCAGCAACACUGCCACUGCGUCACCUCAGAGGAAAAGAGACAUGAAGAACUUGAAAAAUGUAGACAGCAAACUGGCCAACCUCAUCCUUAAUGAGAUCGUAGAGAGGUUGGCUUGUCGUUGUGUGUGUGUGUGUGUGUGUGUGUGUGUUCAGGUGGGAGAGGGCGAGAAACUGGUUCGAGCUUUGUUUGCGGUUGCUAGGGAACUGCAGCCGUCAAUCAUCUUCAUCGAUGAGAUUGACAGUCUGCUCUGUGAGAGGCGAGAGGGCGAGCAUGAUGCCAGCAGAAGACUCAAAACUGAGUUCCUCAUCGAGUUUGAUGGAGUGCAGUCAGGAGGAGAUGAGCGUGUGUUAGUGAUGGGAGCCACUAACAGGCCUCAGGAGCUUGAUGAGGCAGUUCUUAGGCGAUUCGCUAAACGCAUUUAUGUGGCUUUACCUACAGAGGAGACUCGUUUGAAGCUGCUCAAGAACCUCCUCAGCAAACACAGAAACACUUUAUCUCAGAAAGAGCUGAGUCAGUUAGCCAGGAUGACUGAGGGUUACUCCGGCAGCGAUCUGACCUCACUGGCUAAAGACGCUGCUCUUGGUCCUAUACGGGAACUGAGGCCUGAACAAGUGAGGAACAUUCCAGCCGGAGAGAUGAGGGACAUCCGUUUCUCUGAUUUUGAGGAUUCGCUCAAGAGGAUAAAGCGGAGCGUGAGUCCUCAAACGCUGGAUCAGUAUGUCCGCUGGAACAGACAGUACGGAGACACAACAGCUGUAUGACACCGACACGCACUAUACAAGGAGGACGUCAAAUGUUUUUUACUAAAGACGUGGAAUACAAAUCUUGGAGGGGAUUUGUAUUAUUUUGUCUUUUCUAUGACUUUGCGAGUUGUUGGAGCUCAGCUUGUGAUUUUCUUUGACUGAAUUACGGCCAGAGCUCGAGACGAUGUGGACAGCAAAAGACAAAAGAUUUUCCUACAAAGCCAGAAGCAUUUUCCUUUAAUUCAGCACCUUGAUUGCUGUGUGAAUGAUAAAGCACUUGGCGUCUGUGGUGUUUGUGUGCUCUAGAUGCAUGUUCCUCUUAUUUUGUUGCUUGAUUUGUUUUUGCUUCAUGUAUCCAGAUAAAGUGAAUCCUGAUGGGAAAUGAUGUGGGCCGGGUCAGUCAAAUAACACUUAAGGAUACCGAUGAUAAAUGAACGAUCAUAGAAUGUAUUGUUUGAUCUCCUGAUGAUUAGAAACCAUUCAGACUGCAUUUGUAUUUGGAUUGACUAGCACUCCUUAUGUUUUUUCCAUUUACAGGCACUAGGGGCAUGAGUUGAGACUAUGUGAAUGUCUUCUAAAGGUUUUCCACUAGUGCUGAAGUUAUGAUAUUGCUCCAUGUACAAAUGUUUUUCAAGUCUGCUGUGUCUUUAAAAAUGUUAAAUGUUUGCAGUGAGCAAUUGGGAAACAAUUUGAUUCAUUUGUAAAGUGAUUAACAGAUUGACAGAAAGAUUGGGAUGUGUUGUUUUUGAAAACAAUAUUUGAAAUUGUGCAGCAUA